GGAAGCGUUGAGUAGUCUUUCUUUCGGAAACGUCUUGAGACUAAGCCAACAUGAAGGUAGUUCUGUUCCUCGCCAUACUUUGCGUCGUUGCCUACGCCGAUCACGAGGAAGGCCACAACGAAGAGCAGCACGAAGGCCACCAUGGCCACCACCAUGCACACCACCAUGGCCACCAUCAUGGACACCAUGGAUCUGUCUGCACUCCUGUGUAAGGUAGCAAACCGGAGACCAACGUCUGCAGUUAACCUCCCUGCUGUUCCUCUUCAUCUCUCUCUCUCUUCAGACCUGCCAGCGGAGUCGCUUGCUGCUGUGGUGGAGUGCGUUCAACAAAACGUCACUCAGGAGGUCCUGCAGAAGCUGAACCGAGUGAGCGAGAGCGUUGAGUGCGACACCAUCCUCUGUGGAAUCAGGAAGUUUUGUGAGAGAGACGGCACUCUGGAAAACAACCGAACCGACAUUUUCACGACUGAGCAGAACCAGGAGCUCCGUGUAGCCUUCUAUGGCUGUCGGCCCCAGCAAGUGGUCACCAGUGAAGCACCCCAGGAGGUCAGCGAAGUCACAUCUGAAGCCUGAAUUCUGUAAAUAACGUUGAACCAACACGCGUUUAUUUAAAGCUCAAAUAAAUACGAGAACGCGCA